AACAACCUGCCCGCCCUCCCUGCUGCGGUGAGCUCCCCUCUGCGGCCCCGGGCUUGGCGCCGCUCCGCUGGGCCUUGCCGGCUCCUUUCCGCCGCCGACCCCGCGGCCCUGGCAGAGCUGGGCCUAAAUGAGCAUCAUCAGAAUGAAGUGAUUAAUUAUAUGCGUUUCGCCCGCUCCAAGAGAGGCUUGAGACUCAAAACCGUCGAUUCCUGCUUCCAGGACCUCAAGGAGAGCAGGCUGGUGGAGGAGACCUUCACCGUGGACGAAGUCGCCGAGAUCCUGAGCGGCCUACAGGCGGUGGUCCACAGCGAGGUGGAGUCCGAGCUCAUCAACACUGCCUACACCAAUGUGCUGCUCCUGCGGCAGCUCUUUGCGCAAGCUGAGAAGUGGUACCUGAAGCUGCAGACUGACAUCUCCGAGCUGGAGAACAGAGAAUUAUUAGAACAAGUUGCAGAAUUUGAAAAAGCAGAAUUUACGUCUUCAAAUAAAAAGCCCAUCAUAGAGACCGUAAAGCCCAAACUGGUGCCACUUAAUGAAAGCGGAACAGCAGAGCUCCUGAACAAGGAAAUCUCAAGACUUCAGGAAGAGAAUGAGAAAUUGAAGUCAAGGCUGAAGACCAUCGAAACCCAGGCCACAGCCGCCCUGGACGAGAAGUCGAAGCUCGAAAGAGCACUGCGAGAUUUACAGCUCGACCAAGGAAAUCAAAAGGUGUCCCUAAAGGCCCAGGACCUGAGUGACUUGGAAGACACUGUUGCUGCUUUGAAGAGUGAGUUUCAGAAGACACUUAAUGACAAGACCGAGAGCCAGAAGUCCCUGGAGGAGAGUCUGGCCACAGCAAAGCACGACCUUCUCAGGGUCCAGGAGCAGCUGAGCUUGGCUGAGAAGGAAUUAGAGAAGAAAUUUCAACAAACGGCAGCUUAUCGGAACAUGAAAGAGAUUCUUACCAGGAAGAAUGACCAAAUCAGAGACCUGCGGAAAAGACUGGCGAAGUACGAAUCCGAGGACUGAAGACGGAAGACCCCUCCUGGGAGCUGCCAAGGCCUGGAGCACGCCCUCCCCAGACAUGGAUGUGAAGCGCUUUGUCAGGGCCCUUCUUAUUUCCUGCUAUUUAGACUCUGCUUCUAACAUUUAGAACCGGAGUUCCUGUCCUCACUUGUCCAGUUGAGAAGGGAGAAGCCUCGUGGCUCCGAGACCACUCUCGAGGCCCGAGUCCUAGUUUGAACGCACUGAGAAUUCUUUACGGAAGAGAGACUGUCUGAAGGUGAUGGGUCAGGGGAGGGAGGCAACAAAAACCGAGAGCCUGCCAGCACUGUCAUUCCUCACUGCGGUGGGGUCACUCGCGAGGUCCCGUCCUCAGAGCGUGCGUGGACGGCUUCUGUCUCCCCGCAGUUCCUUAGCACAGACUUGGUGUUCUCUCCGGCGAGCCCCUCCACUCGUGAUCCGGGAUGUUCUCUAAAACUCAGAAGCAGAAAUGCGGCCUUCAGAAACCAUUUCAUGUUUUCUCAGACCACACCUUUCUCAGGGUGAUGCUGGGCGUGGGGAGAGGCCUGUGUUGCCAGGUGGAAUUUGAAUCUUGUUUCAGAGGCAGUUUGGGAAUACUCUGUACAGCAUCUCCCGCUUGUCAGUAAUAAACUCGGGAGUAUUUCUGAGUCUGGGCAUGCGACGCCGUGGCUGGGGCACCGCUGCGUGAGGCCGGGGCCACGUGGGUGGUGCAUGCCCGGCUAAUGUGAGGCG